AUGUCCACGACAACACAGAUCCUAUUCAACUCCCCGGCGCUUCAUUCCCUGAAGCGCGAACAGCUUGUCAAAUUAUGCAAAAUACAUUCCAUAAAGGCUUCUGGAAAGAACACAGAUCUCAUCGAGCGACUCAAGCAGCGUGCGCAGGAACUCCCGAAGGAUGGCUCGUUAACGAUGGGCGGAGAUCUGGCUCCCGAUGAAGAUGAUGACGACCCAAUGUUGACGGUCCAGAUGCCCAGGCCGAGCGAGCAGUGGGAAGUAGUCAUGGAGGACAUAGAGGAGGAGGGAUCCAACAUGGGCACCAUGACCUCCAGGACCAACCUCUCCACCAUUAAUGGGAGGCCUGGUGAAUUCGGGACCGGUGGCUCGAAGGCAUCCUCGGUUAGCUCGUCCAUUAAGGCCUUGGCAACCUCUCUGGGAAUCAAACGGGCAGCCUCCACCAAGUCAACUGUGAAGUCCUCCAAGAGUGUCACUUCAUACCUUUCGGCUUCUCGAAUCGAGGAACCUGACGCUGGCGAUCUCACAGAGAACGCGAUUCCAUACUCCGAUUUGCCGCCCUCAACUUCGCUACCACGGACCGAUCGCUUCACCCUGUCGACUCCAGAUCUUACAGCCCUUCGCGACACUGACGCCGACGACCCCGACGGUAGCGUCUCGUUGUCAGAACCUGUCCCGGGGACUGCGGCUCGUCCGGGAGUGCCCGCCCCCGCCAAUGCGCGCCUGAGCAUGGGCACGGGACUUACCACUACUAUCCGACUCAUCACAACUACCAACACAGUCGACACACCUGCUACCCCGCGCUUGCAGCCUCUCCAAACGACAUUCGACAUCCAGAUGGGCACACCCGGCGUCGAUCAUAGUCCUGGACACCGCGUCAACAUCUGGCCGGCGUCCCCCGAGAAAGACGGAGACCGACUGUAUCCCACCAUUCCAUUUGACGAUUUCCCCCCUUGGCCUGCGCAAUUCAAGAAGAACGAAAUGCCAGGUGGGUUAGCGGCCUCGUCUACCGUGGUACCACAGGCCACACCAGCCAAAGCCAAAGCCUCUCAACCGGCAGUGGCGGCCACUCCCGGGCCAUCGCACAGCGCCGACGUCUUUUCGCCCGCCGCUCCCCCUGCGGAACCUGGAAGUGCAGCUCGCGCGGCAAUCCCGCGCAGCGCGCCCUUCCUCUUCGGUUCACCGCUCCCGCAGCACAAUAUUUCGAAUAAGACCUUUGGGCAAGCUGCCGCAUCUGUGCUGGAGGAAAUGAACAGGCGUCUCGCGGAGACAGGCGCACAGCAGGUCGACAAGAAAGUGGUCGAGGGGAAGGGCCUGGGGGAGAGCAUCUUCGGCUCUCUAGCCAGGCAAUCUACUGCCAUUGAUAGCGCCCAUCAACGCACUGGCAGCACAGACCGUUUCGCGAAGGUGCACGAACAGACGUUCAACAAGAUGGACUCUAUUGCCACGCACUACGCGGCACGUCGUGGCGCGCCCACCACCGACAACACGGCACGGCAGCCUACGGCGAAGAAGCGGAAGUCUGACGUACUAGGUGUUGGUCCUCGCCCGGGUGCAAAGAGGAAGAGCAGUGCUGCCGGGGCACGCGUCAUUAGCACCGGCGUACGGAAGAAGAUGGGCAUCCCAGGAGGCUUUGGGGAUGAUGAUAUUGAUAUGAGCGAGGACAGCAAUGUUGAAGAGCACGAAGAUCCCGGUGACCGGAGGUCGUCCAAGAGAAUGAGGGUGGCUGACAGCGAGGACGUACACAAGGGCAGGCGAGUUUCUAUCGCGCCGCCUAAAGUGGACGAAGACGAAGAAGACGAGAGGAAGAAACAGAGAGAGAAGGAAGCUAUCCGCAGGAAGCUGGAGGCUAACAAAGCGAGAAGACGGAGCAGUAGAGGAAGAGUCAGUGUUGGGACGAAAACGUUGCCAGCCAAAGGAAAGACAUCGCGCUUUGGAUUCCUCUCCUCAGCUAAAUCGCUCGUUCGUAACGUGUGGAAUAUGGGCGCUGGAUCCAAGACCGUAGCUGCUCCACCUUCGAAUAUACCAGUACCCAAGCCUUCUGCCAUCGCGAAGCCUGCCCCCAAACCCAUAUUAACUGCCCCUCCCAUUCAUAAACCUUUCAUAACAGGAGCUAACGCAGUCGAGCAGUGCACCUCUACACUUUCAGGCACUUCGUCUGCCGGUACGACGUCGAACAAGUUCCUGAAGCCGGUAGCUCCCACUGCCGCACCUACACACACGGAUAAGGGAACAGUCAACUCGACAAAGUCCACAGCUGCACGUACCCGUUCGCCUAUCCCAUCUUUCGGUACUGCCACUCGUGCCACUUCUUCCACCACUACUUCACGUCCUGCUAGUCUCAUCGGUACGUCAGCACCUAGAGCCAGCGCCUCCAGUGGUACCGCUGUCGCUCGCAAUAACUCUAGGAUCAGCACUACUGGUGCAUCUUCUUUGGGAACCAAGAAUAGCCUCGCUUCCGCGUCGUCUUCGGGAGCAGCGGCAUCUUCCUUCGGUAGCAGGCGUAGCCUUUUUACUACCGCCCAGGGGGGGUCUACAAGCUCCAAACGAAUCUUGAACGGUUCGCAAGAUCCAGCGGAUAGUUCCACUAUCUCCAGGUCAAGGACAUCAUCACUGCUGGCUCCGACAGCCAGUUCACUCGCAAAGAUGCGUCCAGCGGCAGGUCGUGCUUCGGGUCUGCCUGCCGUCGCUGAACAGCGACCACGAACCAAUAUUGCACCCAGGAAGUCCAUGGUGUCAAAGGCCGCUCUCGACCUGAUCGUGAACAAUCCCGAGCCUCCACGAACAGUACCUGGCACAAUAUUCAGCCAACCGCUCACUAGUCCAAGCUUGAUCCCUACCCCUGCGCGGAAUCCAUCUCUGACAUUUGCCGCCACUGCAAUGAUGGGUUCCCCUUCAUCUAUUCCCAAAGCUGCUGUGCCCCCCAAACCGAAGACGCUGAUCGCUCGUAAACCGCGCAUCUCUCGCUCACGCGUUAUCGCGAAAUUGGGAGCUCAGCGAGCAGCUACCCAGUCCUCUGCCACCGCUACCUCUGCCACUGCGUCUUCUGGACGAGUGCGGUCGAGCAUGGGCGCUCGACGGUCGUUUGGAGCAGUCAAGGCCGGAGGCGGAUCGACCGCCGGUGCAGACCUCUUGCGGAGUGCGAAGAAGCGAGCCCGCCAGAGCGAAUACGUGAGACGCAAGAGCCGUGCCACAGCUGGCGCAGGUGGUUCCACCGAUAUGGACGUCGAUGAGUGA